AUGCAACUUGAAGAUUUUCUCUCAUCAAGCGCGAGUCGUCCCCCACUGCGUACACGCACCGAAUUUAAUGACAAGCUGGAAAGACUGCGCCAGCGCACUGGUGUCUCAGAUCUCGACCAAGAGUAUGCGCGAAUCUACAGUGAGAACACCAUUGCUAGGUAUGAAAGUCGAAAUCAUGCUGCCAGAGCCUACAAGUUCUUGCUCUGCUCUUUCAAGCCAAUGACCUUGAACCAACUGGUAUCAGCUGUCGCCCUGCAAGAAGAUGGGAAUUUACACCCUAAUGUAUUCGGCCCCUACAUUCUUGAUAUCUGCAGCAACUUUAUCACUGUGACUCGCGACGAGGUUCAGUUUGCCCAUGCAUCCGCAAGGGAGUAUCUUGAAUCUCGUACAGUGGGUGAAUAUGAGGAAUUCGGUCGUAACGCACAGCAUUGUGAGGCGGCAUUGACUUCUCUGUAUGCUGUAAGACAUUACUGUGGUCAGCUAUUGAAUCAUGCUAUCGAAACUAAAGCUUGGAAUUACGAGAAGCUCUAUGAUCUAUUGCCAGUUGAGCUUCACUUCGCAUUCUAUGCGGCUAUGUUUUGGGCAACUCAUGCUUCUGAGCUUUCCGUGGCAGCUCGAAAAGCCAAAUGCAUAUCAUCUGAGAUUGUUCAGUUCCUCACCUCUGCGGCUUUAGGGGACUGGCGUGACUGGAUAUGGAGAACUAAGGGAACCGGAGAUUCAAGAAAUCUUGCAAGCAUCAGUUGUAAUGAGAAAUUUUCCGUUCCAAACCCAAUUCCCCUAAUCUCAAGUUUCGGAUUUGUCGAGUGUCUUGAAAUGCCUGAGAUCGCCUGCAGAAUCCCUGAUCAAGGCAUAAACAGUAAUGGCCUAACACCACUGCAUUUGGCUUGUAUAUAUGGGCAGAGCGCGGUUAUCGAGAAGCUUCUGCGCUGCUUCAGAGAACACGUCGAUAUCAAUAUGGACGUCAUUUAUGGUGCCACGCCGCUAUGUGCAGCAAUAAAAUCCGGUACGAACAGUAUAGAAGUUGUGUCACUGCUCCUCAAGCAUGGUGUAAUUACGACAAAUUCGUCUGAGAAGGGAAUCCAAGCGUUGCGGGUGGCUGUUAUCCGUGGAAGCAUCGAAAUUGUCCAAAUGUUGUUGGAACACAUGAAGAAAGAGUUUACUCAUCAAGAAGUGCUCUCCUAUCUGGUACAACAAAAUGGGGGGGUUCUCUGGUUAGCGGUGCAAGAUGAGGGUCGCUAUGCUGCGUUCGAGUUUCUUCUAGCCGAAGUCAGGGAACUCGGGUUGGACAUUGCCAACUCUGCCUUCAAAGAUAGACAGGGUUAUCAAUUAGGUGGCCGUCUGCUCCGUGAGGCAUCAAUCUGGAGCAACCUCAAAGGGCUUCAACUCCUUGCGAAACUAAAAGUGCCUAUUCGAGAAACAGGUUUUGGGUUAACGGCAUUGCGCUGUGCUCUAACUACUGAAACUGCAGAACAUCUUCUUCGCCUUGACUCCUCCUUGCUGUGGGCAAGGGGUGUUGAUGGGGCAACUGCUUUGCAUGAAGUCCACCAUAGGUGCGUUGCAGAAGUACUUCUUCGCCAUCGACCAGCCUUACUGUGGGAAAGAGAUAAUCAAGGAAGAACUGCUUUACACCGUGCUCGAGAUGCUCGCAUUGCAGAGUAUCUUCUUGGCCAAGAUCCUUCCUUAGUAUCGGCUCGAGACGCGCAGAAGAAGACACCAUUGCUGACAGCGUCUGAGUACUUUUACAGCUCUUGUGAACUUUAUCCCUUAUGGCGAAUGCUGUUAAGGUCUGGUGGUGACAUCAAUGACUGCGAUGAGACUGGUCGGAAUAUAUGGCAUCUCUUAGUUCAAGGUAAAGACUUACGCGAGAACCGUUAUGACGACGUUUUAAACUUCCCGAUCGAAAAGGGGCUGGUAGGGACCAGGGACCAUGGAGGAAACACAGCUCUGCAUAUUCUGGGGACUCUCGAAGUGACUAUACCAGAGCCUUGGCUGGAUUCUUUGUUUCGAUUAAUGGGAGCAGGUGAAAGACUCCUAGCUACAAAUAAAGCAGGCAAGACAGCGGCGGAAAACACACUUAUGUCUUUGCUGCAACGACACGCAGGGUGGGACACGGGCACCGGUCGUCCAUUUUAUGUUGGAAGUCGAUCGCGCCGUGUGCUCUCCAGGGUCAUUGUUCACUUCAUGGAGGAGUUGAGGCAGGAAGAGGACAGUAGGAUUCUUAGCGAGGAGCAGCUUGAUAAGUCACGUUUCUUGUGCCAUCGACUCAUAGAGGCGUCCAUACACAAUGUUAAGAAGGCAGAAGAAAGGAUAAGACAAGAUAGAUUGGAAGGCGAUGAGAUUAUUUUAGGGUAUCUUCAAAAGCAGAGAGAGUGUGGUUGGCAGCUGCCGAUGUAUAAGGCUAACUGGUUCAAAGAGGUUGACAAAGAUGGUGUAUGCGCGCUUGGCAUGAGGGCCAGGAGGACUCUGGUACAUUCUGCGUGA